UUCCAACUUGCAAAGAAACAAUUUUCACCCUAAAUCAUAUUAUUCUGCAAAUAAUCAGGUUAAUGAUGAAUUUUGGUGUGAAACUUGUGAUAAAGGAUUCAAUACAAAGAAAAUGCUUGAAGGUCACCAAGCACGACAUCAGUUCUGUAACAUAGCUUCCGCAAUUUAAACUGGGACAAAUUUGGCAUCAAUCUUCAAAAUGGAUCAAAAUUGUACCAUCUUAGAUUCCCCGUUGACCUUGUACAACUUGAAGAAUGCCAUUAAAGACUUGAGUACAUGAUAAACAAUUAAGAAGAAGAGAGCAUAAAUGAACACCAGCCAGACUUAAAUAAUGACUAACUCUACAAAACUCUAUAUGAAAAUUAAAGAUGAAUUUCUAAAAAUUUGGAAGAUUACAUAUAUCUAGGUCAAGUAAUUUUUAUGGAAGAUUGAAUGAUGAAAGAAAUAUAAGCUCAGGAUUGCAACAAGUUGGAAGAAAUACUGGUUGUUAAAAGGAAUUAUGAAGUCAAAAGACUUGAGUAGAAGUAGACUUGUAGAGAAGUAUGUCCAUAAAAAUGAGAAAUUUAAAAAACUGCAUAUUAAUUUGCCUGACAUGCUGCGAAACUUGGACCCUAACCAAAGGAUUGAUAGAAAAACUUGCCACAAAGUGCAAUGAAGAGGUUAUAAACUGAGAGAUAAGAUUAGAAACACUGACCUCAUGAAAAUACAAAACUGACCGACAUAUUGAAAUGAAUUGACCAACAAGAGUGGAAUUGGGCAGGACAUAAUAUGAUGUGAGAUAAAAUGGAGAAAUGUAGCAAAAAAGUUACAGCAUGGUACCAAAGAGAUGGCAAAAGAUGACAAGGAUGACCGCACACUAGAAGUGCAAUAUUGAUGGUUGCCAAUUUGUUGCUCAUCCAAACAUAAUUACUAAGCAUAUUCAAAUGCAGCACUCAACAGGCUUGUACAAAAAAAUUGCGAAUUUAAAUAACCCAGAAGAGAUCAAAAAAUGGAGGGAAGAGAGGAAAAAGAAGUAUCCUACAUUAAAAAAUGUAGAAAAGAAAAAUGCAGAAAUUAAAGAAAAGAUUGAAAGGGGAGAAAAAAUGGGACUAAAUGUACUAAAAGGAAGAUCAGGCAACUUUGCAGCAAGGAAAAGACCAUUUGAAACAAAUAGACAAGGACACAAAAGGGUAAGGAAACAUACAGAAUAUAUAGAUAAAAAUGAUAUUUUGAAAAGAAAGCCCUACCAAAAAAAAAUUUGUGUAAUUACACCAGUCAUAGAAGGCUCCGGCUUGAAACCUUUUUCAGGAAUUACACAACUACUUCCACCUUUCAAGGAAGAUGAUAAAGAAGAGGCUAGCAAUGAUUUGAUAGAAGAUGACGAAUAUAUAAAUAUAGCUGAAGAAGAAGAAAUGGUUCAAACAGAAAAAGACCAACCAACUGUGUGUGGAGCCCUUGCUUCUUUGAUUAAUAAUUACGAUUCAUCUGAUGAUGAGGAAAAAGAUAAAAGUAAUAACAGUAUAAAAACAAAUAUAACAGAGUCUUUUGUGAAAUGUGAUACGAAUAAAAAAGAUAUUGUCACAGAUAAAAAGGUUUUAAAACCUUUAAUCAUAGAUAAUAAUAUUAAAAAUGAUAUAAGUGUAGAAGAUGAUAGUGGUCCUGAAGAAAUUAGUAUUUGUAGGGAAGUAACGAAAUGCAAUAACAGUGAGAAAGUAGAUAGUGUAAAAAGUAAUACUAAACUAAUUAAACUACAAAGUAAUAAAAAGAUUAUCAAAGAAAAAUUUGUUAAAUCCAAUGAAAAAGUUAUUUACAAACGAAAAAUUCCAUCCACUCUGCUACAAAAAUUAUUGUUUAAUGAAAUAAGACAAGAACGGAACAUGAUAUUACAAUGUGUGAGGUUUGUUGUUAAAAAUAACUUUUUUGAAAAUUCACAACCAUAAUUAUUUGUAUAAAUAGCUCAUAAACAAAUCCUAUUUACAUGUUCUUAUUCCCAAAAAUAUUUUUUUAUGUCAAUGUGAUAAAGUACUCCAUUGAGGUUGUAUAAAUUAAAAUCCCAUGUACCUAAGCCAAAAAAAAAAUUGCCUUUUGUUGUUGCUGAAUGACCUUACAAUAUGUACCAUUUACUUCAUAAUGUAAUAGAUGGUCCCAUGUAAUAAACAUAAUCUUUCUCAAUUUAAUAUAAAUUGGAAUAUUAUUAUUUGCCCUGGUAUAAAAAAUAAAUCUACAAAUUUUGCUUAAUGUUAAACUUGUGACUUGUUAUUACUUGUAUAUAUAUUGUAAUAUUUUAACAAUAUAAUAUUGAUAAAUAAAAAUUGACUUAUAACUUCUUCAGUAUUUAAGACAAAAAUUAGUGUUUUAGUUGUUAUGAAAAAGCUGAUGGCAAUUAAUUUUUUUUUUAGUUUUAUGGCUAUCAUAUGUUAAGCAUCCACAUCAGUCAGACAGACUAUUUAGUUAAUGCUCUUUCUGGUACAAAACCGCUUCAUGGCGUAUUUAUCAUUAUUAAGGGCCUACAGGGGCCCUAAGGGCGAGAUAUUGCAAUGUAUCUGUCACACAAUUCUCUGAAGUCUGACAAUUCUGUAUCAAUCACGUUGAAUAAAUAUAUGUUUAAAUUCAGGAUAUCUGCGAUUCAUGAUUCAUUGAUGAUGAGACGAAGAUGACGUAAUGUCGAAGAAUUUCCUCGAUACAAAAAAAUCACAAAGUUGACCCUAAUUUAUAAAUAUAAAAUAAAUAUUUUGAAUACAGCUUUGAACCUUU